AUGAACUUUAAGAAUUUAUUGGAGCGCAUAAUUAUUAGGUGCUUGAAGAGCAUUUUAAAUUUAGGAAUAGUAAUAUCUCCAAAUAUAUAAAGUACAAAUAUUGAAUGGAUGCUAGCAGCUUUAUGCGGAGAAGUAUUAUUUUAACAUUAUUAAUUUUAAAGGUUAGGAACAUUUAUAUUUGCUCUUUUUAUUCAUAUAUAAGUUCAUAAAUAAAUAAGAUAAUCAUUAUGAUAUUUCUGAAUUGCUUGGAUUACCUUAGGAUUCUUUGUAUCUAGAUAAUUAUCUUCUCAUAUGGAAGGUAUUUGGAGCAUUAUGGCAUCCAUAUUUUAUAACAUAAUCUAUCAAUCUUUAAUAAAUAAAUGAUUAUCUAUAUUCAUAAUAUUUAUAAUAAUGAGAAAAGUUGA